AUGUCUUUGUCAGACUCAAGCCCAACCUCAGACCCAGUUAGUGAAUUUCCAGAUGUGUUUACAGGGGAGGGUAAACUAGAUCAAAAGCUACACCUAGAGCUCGAUGCAACUGUCCCCCCUGUAAUCCUCCCAGUCAGGAAGGUGCCCCUGGCAGUACGAGAACCACUCAAGAACGAAAUUGAUCGGUUAGUGGGGUUAGGAGUCCUUCAGUCGGUAGAUGUUCCCACAGAAUGGGUAUCCUCAAUGGUUGUUGUCAAGAAGCCUAACGGAAAGAUAAGACUCUGCAUAGAUCCGAAGCCCCUUAACAAAGCGUUAAAGAGGAAUAGAUACCCUCUACCAGUGAUUGAUGACUUACUUCCGCAGCUUACUAAUGCCAAGGUGUUCAGUGUUGUAGAUGCAAAGAACGGAUUCUGGCAUAUACAACUGGAUGACGAGAGUAGUUUCCUGACUACAUUUGGCACCCCAUGGGGAAGGUACAGGUGGACUAGGAUGCCGUUCGGUAUCGCCCCAGCCCCCGAAGAGUUCCAGAGGAGAUUGGAACAAGCACUAGAAUGCCUGGAGGGUAUCAAACCAAUCUUCGAUGACAUCCUUAUCUUCGGAAAAGGUGACUCCAAAGAAGAAGCCAUCAGAGAUCAUGAUGCCAAGUUGAGAUCCCUCCUCGAGCGCUGUCGCCAAAAGGGUAUCAAACUCAAUAAGGAGAAGCUGAAGCUGCGUUGUGCUGAAGUCAAGUUCAUGGGUCACGUGGUAUCGACAGAUGGGUUGAAGCCAGACCCCGACAAGUUACAGGAUAUUGAAGAAAUGCCUACACCAACAAACAAGCAAGAUAUCAAGAGGUUGCUUGGUAUGGUAAAUUACCUCCAGAAGUUUGCACCGAAUCUCUCAGAAGCAGCUGCACCAAUGCGCGAAGUGCUCAGAGAAGAGAACCAGUUCCACUGGGACGAGCAAGUACAAGGACAAAGCUUCAAGAAUGUGAAGAUUGUUUCACAAGCACCAGUUCUGAAGUUCUUCGACCCACACGAAGAAGUCGAGCUGCAGUGUGAUGCAUCAGAGAAAGGGAUGGGAGCCUGUCUAAUGCAGAAGGGACAGCCCAUCGCAUAUGCGUCACGUUCUCUAACAGAAACCGAGAAGAACUAUGCUCAGAUUGAGAAAGAAAUGCUGUCCAUUGUAUUUGGAGUGGAGCGCUUCGAGCAUUAUCUGUAUGGACGGCAAAUAAAAGUUGAAACGGAUCACAAACCUCUUGAAAGCAUUUUCAAGAAAAGCCUCAUUAGUGCCCCCAAGCGGCUACAAAGAAUGAUGUUGCGACUACAGAAGUUUGACCUGCAAGUCAACUAUAAGAGAGGAGCUGAAAUGUACCUUGCAGACACCCUAAGCAGAGCCUUCCGAGGGCAGAAGAGGAGUGCUAGUCGAGAUGAUGUAGGAGAUGUGAUGCUACUAGGAGAGAUGAGAGGUACGACUGAGCGAGAAGUAAAAAGUAUUGAAAUGAUACAGUUUCUACCUGUCUCCGAAGCUACCCAAGCAUCACUACGACAAGCUACAGAGCAGGACACAGCUAUGAGAGAGCUGAAGUCUAUAAUCCGACAAGGCUGGCCAGAGGUGAAGGAUGACGUUCCUGUGAGCAUCAGAGAUUACUACUCUUUUAGAGAUGAGUUGUCACUACAAAACGGCCUGGUCUUCAAAGGAGAGAGGUUAGUGAUUCCCAACAGUUCCAGAGUAGAAAUGUUGGCUAAGAUACAUGCCAGUCACAUAGGAAUCCAGGGAUGUCUCCGUAGGGCUAGAGAAGUCCUAUACUGGCCUGGAAUGAAUAAAGAAGUAGAAGAGUAUGUUGCCAAAUGUGAGAUUUGCAAAAGUCACUUAUCAGAGCAAGGCAAAGAGCCAAUCAUAUGCCAUGAAAUCCCCAACCGCCCAUGGGAGAAAGUAGGCAUAGACCUGUUUGAACUGAAUGGGAAAGACUUUGUACUAACAGUUGAUUACUAUUCAGGCUUCUUUGAGGUUGACAGGUUGGAAGGCAAGACUGCGAAAGAAGUGAUGAGGAAGAUCAAACCACAUGUGGCCAGACAUGGUAUUCCAGACCAGAUUAUGAGUGACAAUGGCCCGCCAUUCGACUCGCAUGAGUUUAGACAGUUUACAAACAGUUAUGGAAUUGAACAUGUGACCAGCUCCCCAGGCUAUGCCCAAUCCAAUGGAAAAGUAGAGAAUGCAAUCAAGACGGCAAAGAAUCUGAUGAAAAAAGCCACAGAAUCAAACAAAGACCCGUACUUGGCUCUACUGGAUUGGCGGAAUACACCAAGGGAAACAGUUGGUUAUUCACCAGUUCAAAGAUUGUUCAAUAGGAGAAACAAAACACUCCUACCAACUUCCAGCAGACUCUUGAAACCAUCAGUGCCCAGAGAUGUACGCCAGAAGCUCACGCUACAAAAGGCAAGGCAAAGCCUGAAUUACAACCGUGGAGCAAAGGAGUUAGAAGAGCUGAAACAAGGAGAUGUCGUGCGUCUACAACCUACAAAGACAGUGGGAAGGGCCAAGCAAUGGAAGCAAGCAAGAGUUGAAGGAAAAGUUGAUAUUCGAUCAUAUCAGGUACGUACUGAAGACGGACGGGUUUACCAACGAAACAGACGACACCUGCGGAAAACCAGAGAGCAGAUGCAGCCACCGCAGCAAGAAGAGAUAGAAAUGCACUGCCCUUACCCAAGCAGACCUGCUAAACCGGCGAUGCCUACGACACACAAGCAGCAGCAGCAGGAGAAACAACCUUCAGAGAAAGCCCCUGAGAAUACUGCCCAGGAUGUCCCCGAUGUCCCAGCGGAGCAACGCACGCGUUCAGGAAGGGUUGUGAAACCGCCUGUACGUUUUCAAUAG